AUGGACAAGUCGAAACACACGGUGAUAAUUGCAGGUGGAGGCAUAGCCGGCCUUACCCUCGCCAAUAUGUUGGAAAAGGCCGAUAUCGACUAUGUUUUGCUCGAAUCAUACGAAAAGAUUGCACCGCAGGUCGGCGCAAGUAUCGGUCUCCAAUCGAACGGACUUCGAAUCAUUGAUCAACUCGGAUGCGCGGAUACGCUGUUGGCGCUGGUUGAUAACCCUCUGCACAAUUCAUGGAUACGAAAUUCCGACGGCUCCAUUAUUAAACAUUAUCACGAUUGCCAUAAUUUACUGGAAUCAAGGCAUGGCUAUCCAACUGUCUUUAUUGACAGACAAUCUCUCUUGGAAAUUCUGUACGACAACCUUAAGUCCAAAGACUCAGUACACCCUGGUCAAGCUGUUAAGACUGUCAUGGAACUGGAUAAUGGAGUCCAAGUGACAACAGACAAGGGCAAGGUUUUCAAAGGAGACAUUCUUGUCGGAGCCGACGGUAUUUACAGUACUGUUCGAAAAGAAAUGUGGCGCAUAGGCAACCAGGCAUCUCCUGGUUACUUUCCUGACAACGAGUGGUCAAAGGUACCCUGCUAUUACAAGUGCAUUUUUGGCAUCUCAAAGCCCAUCGAAGAACUUAUCAAAGGAACUCACUAUGUUUACAAUGAUAAGUUCUCAUACCUGGUAAUGGUUGGACCUGGUGGAAAGUGGUACUGGUUCUUGUUUGCCAGGUUGCCAGCUCCUCUUUAUGGCGAUGACAUUCCCAGAUACACGAAAGAGGAUGAGGCGAAGCUCGCCCAGGAACAUGCAUCUGAUCAGAUCACUCCUGAAAUUACUUUUGGUGAUUUAUACGAAGCCAGGACCAACUCGACACUGACGCCGCUCCAUGAUGCGAUCGAGACCGCUGCGUCUGUUAUGAACCACAUUCUUUCAGGGUGUCCUAACUGGAGUGACUCUGAAAUCAAAUCUGCAUUCAGUGCUGUACAGAAUGAGCGCUUCGACAGAGUACAGUGGCUUGUUGAUGAUGCCCACAAGACUCAAGAAAUGAAUGCUCUGGCGUCACCUUUCCUGGCAUUCAUUGCCCCAAAGCUGGCAGGUCUGUUAAACACAGACACUGCUAUGCGCCUCAACGGCCGCAAAUUUUUAGAUGGUACUCACGUGCACUCUCUCCCCAUACCUGAGAAACCACACUCGGUACCAUUCACAGAUCAACUUCCUGCUAGACCCUUUUCUUCGACUGCCCUCUUAGGUCUUGGUGUGUUGAGUCAAGGUGCUCUCUUCCGACUGGCGAACCAGAUUCUGCUUCCGCUGCAAACCCCAACAACGUUCAUGGGCGAGGCUUUAGUAACUAACUACACAGGAGUGGCAACAUUGGAUCAGAUUCUGGCAGCUCUGGGAGCUGCCUUUGGGGUCUUCAUUCAGCCGGAAAACCGGUCAGCAAGACUGCAAUGGAUUGCUUUCACUCCUCUGUUGUUUUCAACAGCUCUUGACUGGACUUUAGAAAGUUACCGAGCCGGUUCAAGAGGUCUCCCCACCUCGUUUCCAUCUGUCUUUGGCGCCAUGUAUCAGCUCAAGGGGAUUGGGCGAAUUGCCCCUUUGUAUCACCUGCUAUCUGUGUGUGAACAGACUGUAAUAGACAGCAUCUCUAUGGUUACUGGCCGCGCCAUUGAUGUCGAAGUCGUCAAGGCGUCUAUUCCGGGACUAGCACUUGGAGUCGUCGUCCCUACUGCCCUCAUGAUAUGGCCAUGGGAGAACAAGGUCACAUGGCAGCAAAUGGUUGCCUUGUGGCAACCGUUCCCAGUUUACGUUGGGUUGAUCACUGCUGGUGUUUCAACUGUUCUACGUAAGGUGAAGAGCAGCUCAGCCACACAUUCUAGCUCAAACGCAACGAAAGAAAGCGGGAACCUUACGAAGAAAAAGGACCCCGUUCGGUCAUUGCUGAGAUAUAUCUAUGCUGGUGGAGCGGCGACUGCUACUGCAAUUCAUCUCUGGUCGCUCUACAAGAUAUGGUCUGACCCGGAACUUAGUGUCUCGGGUGUUUUUGGCACCAUUGCAUACUUGGUCUCUGGGAAGUCGAGCUCUGACCCAAACAUCAGAAUUACUGAGUUCUUACAGCGGGACUUGUUCCUCAAUGGUGCUUCUGUUCUGGUGCAUAGUCUCUAUCGCACACUUUGUCUCAGACGUGUGGGGUACAUUACGAACAGGGAAACUGUGGUUGCGUCUUUAGCAGUGUUGAUUGCGCAGCCAAUUGUUGGGCCGGCUGCAGCUCACAUCGGCUUUCUCGGAUGGAGAGAGGAUAUGUUUUACCGCGUCAAUAAGAGCAUUAAAGCUUGA